GUUAGUGUUAUCGAGCUUUUUUUUGUGACUCGGUACACGAAGCGUCAAGCGGUCAAUGGAGGAUGGGAUGCACAGGACAUAAGGACUCUGUUUUGCAUCCUCGCAUGUCCUUGUCAACGUGCAGGGGUUGUCAAACGCUAAAAAUGAUAAGAUAUGGCUUUCGGAGAUAGGUGAUUACAAAACUACAUCUUUGUAGGCCUAAUACCAUUGACUUUCCCGCGCCAGUGCGUCUCUGGGCUACUCAUCGUAAGUCAUGAUCCUACUCACGAGUCAUGGAAAAGGUUGUUGGUUAUAAAACACGACCCUGUUACUGGAAAGUAAGACAGCUAUUAGAAAGGUAACCAGGAAACCUAUCAAAAUAUCAGAUCUUUAGAAAAUGAAAGGACGUACCUAGUGAUAUGAGUGGAAAUCAUCCAUAUAGACUGCCUGUGGCAAUGCCGACUGGUGCUCGACCUCUUAGCCACAACAGAGUACGGGGAGCCCACGUGUGGACAGCGCCAAGACAUGCUUUACCUCCUGUUCCACCAUCUGCAACUGCAAGACUCCAGACUUUCGCCCACCUGAGAUCCCUUGCUCCUGCCAGUCGUGCUCCACACACCACAUUAGGCUCCAGUCAGCUGAACAUCACUGUGGUGAAGAAUACUUCAUCCUCCAAAUCUGCAUCUAAUCUUCAGCAGCAGAGGAAAGCAAACCAUAGCAGUUAUUUGGGUGCACAAUUGCUCAAGGCUUCAAAUGGCCCAUCUAGCAUAAGACCAGCUCCUGAUGUGACUUCGGGUCUCAGUAAGCUGCUGCACGCAGCAAGCACUGGAGAGGUCACGAUUACAAAGGUCGUACCAAGUGGGACAUUUGUUCCCCAGAAGGGCAAGCCUGUUGUGGCCGAGAGGCCCAAAGUUCCGCAUGUUCCGUUGAGGAACACGUCAGUGCAGCGUCCAGAGCCUGGUAUUGCUGUGCAGAGACGUCGUUCUAUUGCUCAGGCGCAUCCCAGGAGAGAGAUGCAUGCUGUUCCCAGAAGCGUUGCACAAGCAAUGCCAAAAGUAAUUGAAAGUGCGGUCGUUGCUGAAGCCAACAGGACACAGAAUAAUUGCAAGAAUCUAGCCGUGGUACAUCCGCAAGUCAGGACAUCUGCUCAUACUGUUGGAGAAGCAGCGCAGGCAGCCUCAAAAGCUACAGAUCCUGUUGUUGCACCUGCCUUUAAAAAUGCACAGCCUCCAAGUACCACUAGACUGCAGAGUGAGCAGGACAGUGGGAGGCCAUUAACUAGUGGCAGACCGGACCCAUAUCUUCCCAAAAGACCUCCUGAGUCGCGGCCAAAUGUGGAACGCACCGUCACUGCUCAACAAACACAGACCAAUGUUACUAAUAUUCAGAAGCAAGCUUUUCUAGUGGACAUAGCUAAUGAAUUACGCGCAACUGCUCAAAAACCCGCUGAUAACUGUGAUGCUAGUACGGGCCAGACCCCGCUCCCGCCCAAGUUGGUUUGUAGUACUGAUAAUCCUGUGCAGUGCGAUUCUGGUAGCUUACAGGUACCUUCAGGCCUCAAGGUAGAUUUCAUCAACUUGGAUGAUCUCCUUAUUGGAGACCUUCAUUACUUAGCGGAGCAUUUCGGGAAAAACAUUCUUGAACCACUUUCUAUGGACGAUAUCGCCAAGAAGGGCUUUUCUGAAUGGAUAGAUGUAACAGAUCCUGCAGAAAUACAAAGGAUCCUGUCAGAACUUGAGACUACAAAAGAAGAUUCUGCAACGUGGAUUCGGUGGUCACCUGGCGCGGACACUGCAUAUCCAAUUGUUGUUCCGGAUGAUGAGGAUUGUAGUAGACAGCAGCAAAUGACUCCUCCUCCCGAAAGUCGGCCCUGUGAACCAAAGCAGCCUCGAAGUCCCCUUAUCUUGAUAAUCAAGAAAGGAGGAGUAAACGGCUCAUCGAGUUCUCCUUGGCAGCUUUCAUCGCGUGAAAAGGCUGCGGGUGACAAGGGUAUGUCAAAGAGUUUGUUCCUGAAUGCAUUAAAUCUGUACCCGAACACUGAAGAAGUGGCAAAGAAACUCAGGAAAGGAAGGUCAGCAAGGUCCUUGGCAGUGUUGAAGGAUAGGGUGAUGUCUGAUUACCUGAAGAACUUCAGUGUGCCACUACACCGUGUGCAGGGCAUGUACCGUUACCUCUUUAAGAAGGGACAUCUGCGCGAGGGAAAGAUGACAUAUGCUUGUGAGGUGUAUCGCAACUUGAGAAGCAGAGAAGGACGUAAAGUCACAUCAGCUGUCAAGGACGCUGCGGAUCGUAAUUUAGGAGGCACAGGCCAACUGUCACCAUCCAAGGGCUUGCUUAGACAUCUACCAACCAAGAAAACCACUUCAAAUACAAGCUAUUUCAGUGACACUGUGUACAGGAGGGUCUACGGAAGCAUUCACAAGUCUCACAGGAAUAUCUGGAGGAAUCCAAGAGGUCCACACAGGACGACCAGUGCCCUGUCGUGCAAAAUAGGCAGGGCAGAGGUUCCAUGGACUCCACCAUUUCAUGUUGUUGAUGGAAAUUGGAUGGCAGAUGACUUAGAAGUCCCCAGCAAGUGGGGCCUCUGGGUUUCCGAAAACACCCAGGAAAAUAAAAUGGGUUACCCUGUUCCCGUGGUACUGCUGCAUCGGGUUGGCUCUACAGGCGACCAGUGCAAGGAUCCGUUGGCAGGGCCCCCCUGCGAGUUAUAUUGCAAGCAGUGUUGCUAUAGCUGCCUGAACAAGACGUCUAUGAUGCUUCAUUUUGCCAAGAAGCACCAAGGCAUUGAAACAGCAUAUAUGUCUGUGCCACUUAACAAGCCCCCUACCCAAGAGAAAGAGAGACAACCCAUGAGUGAAGGUGGCGGGACGUGACAUCUCAUGCAUAAUAGGACUCACUUUUGAAAGGGAAGCUCAUUGAAGUAUCAGCAUGUCAUAAAGUACACCACCAUUUUAUUUCUUACUGUAGUCUCUCACUACACUGCCUUACACUGUGGGUUUACAUUUUGAAGCUGUCAUGAUAAUUUCACAGCCAUUUUGGACGGGUAUUUUGCUUGACAACCUUUUGUGUGUGGAACAUUGUAUUUAGUUGAAAACUUAGGAGAUUUGUUGAAGCAAGGUGAAAUGGCAUGCUAAGAUUUAUUAGAGGCGUCUAAUGUUUUUUUAGUGUAUCCCAUUAUGAUUGUGCCUAGGAAGUUGGAAACAAAUAUGUACAUUUUAUGCUACAUUGGUUGUAUGAAGUGACAGAGUAGUUUUAUUUAUUUCUUAGUAUUAAAGUGGAACUGUGUUUCUUAUUACGUUUUUCAUUGUUUUUUUGGGUGCAUGUACAGGUGCAGAUGAGUUAAAUUGAAAAGUACAUACUGUGAACCUCUAGAUAUGCUAAAGGAACUACAGAAGAACCUCUGUGCUACAGCCCAUAGUGCCCGUCACCCAAUUAUCGCAUUAACUAGGAAUCGUCAAUGGCUUUUGGCAAUCAAAACAACGUUUUGCAGUGAGGCUAAACUGUAACACUGUACCAUACAUGAGGGCUCUAUCUUGAAAUAAUUUUUGGUCGCUACAAAGCCUGUGACUGGAAUGCUUGAAAAGAUUCGGUUUGCUACUUCAUUUUGGGAAGGCAGCCUUACGUAGUAGACUAAGUGUGAUGAAGUGCUCAAGUCCAGCAGUGUAGAAUAUGUAAAAUGCGAUCAACAUCUGCAUAAAUCAUUGUCGUUUACCGCAAACAUUACAUAGCAGUGACGUAUGUACACACAAUCUUACACCAUGGUCGUCCUCGCUGCUAGGUGCCGCACAUAUUCACACUAUACACAUGUGAACACAUGAUUCAGGUUCACUAAUCUAUAUGCUACAACACUUACGCGACACCCAGGUGGAGGACACACGAGAGGCUUUAAGAGUGCAUGGUAACUUAUCUUGUUUGUGCAAGUAAGUGCAAAAUAGGAACCGGACGAAGUAAAUUACGCACACAUGUACAUAGAGAGGGGCAUUUGAAGUUAGGCACACCAACUCUCAUUCUGCGAACAAAGUGUAUUGCUCUAUACUUGUACUAUGAAGAUGCAGAGGUGUCAUUGGCCCGGCAGAACAGGCUAUACUUCUUCACAUUAUGUGUGGCGUGGCGCGGUGUAUUGCAGUAUGCUGAGUAAUGUUCCUGCAUCUGAGGUCACUUAAAGCUGUCACAAGGCUACAUUGCAUUAGGUUGGAAGCCAACACCGUGCUUUUCCAAUACAGUGUUUGUCAGUGCAGCUGCCAUCCUGCACCACUAAAAACUUGCAUAUGUGAAUUCAGUAUAUCAUGUGGCAACAAGGCUGUGGUUAGAGAAGGGGCCUGCAGUGAUGUUACAUCUGUACCAGUUUCUGUACCUGUGGUUUCAGUUUUCUGUGGAAACACCUGGAAUGCAAGUUUGAUGUGUACAGCCAACCCUCGAUUCAUGGACGGUUGACGUUCCUGGAAUAAUCGUUCAUAAAUCAAGGUUUAGAACGAGGAAUUGUCUUGCCCCCAAGGGCACCAUGCAUAAAGCGAGGGAAUUCCUGAGGCCAGGGUUCAUCAAUUGAGGGUUGAUUGUAUAUAAGUGUCUUUCAUAGCUAUCUACGUCACUCAAAGCACGCUGUCACAGCCUCCUUAAUCGAGAGUUGUAGUCAACAGUGUAUUGCACUAGCAUAACCAGUUCACUGUACCCUAAAGCAGUGCAGAGGAAGAUUCUAGGUGUUUACACCAUCUGGCAUGCCAGGUUUCCACCACUGACAUCAUGCUGGCAUCUCUGCAUUUAUUAGGCACUGCAUUUGUAGGGACUCUAUGGUAUUAUCUCUGUUGUGGGGCUAUUUAUCCUGUAACUAAAAUAUUUUUUUUUGUCUUUGAGGGAAUAUUCGUUCAUGGGUACUUAUACCCGUAUGGGGGCAACCUAGUGUACCUUGUGAGCACAUGCAUAAGACCGCAGGACUGUGCAUCCCAGGCUGUUCAGUUACAUUUCAUAUUUUUAAAGAACACUUCCCUCCAUAAGGCAACCAGUUUCUGCAUUCAUUCCCAAGUGCAUACUGAAUACUGCAAUAUUGUCCUUGGUAUUUGAAGGGCCAUUGUAUUCAUAAUUCUGUAGCAUUUCACUUGGAAUGUUCGAAAAAAAUUAAUUUAUGCUUGGUGUGGAAGUGCAAUUCUGUAGCUCUUUUUUAUUCAGGUUGAAAGCAAAUGAAGAAGGUGGGAUAUAUAGUUGCAAAAUAAAUUUUAGCUACAUAUGUGCUGUUAGAGGUGUAGUCCAAAGGAUCUUCACUUCAAAGCUCCACAGAAAAUUUGUAGUCGUAAAAAGAUAAUUAGUCAAAAUUUUAUUCUAAAUUCUACAGAGAAAAUUCUGUCAUAUCUCGCUUUGUUACCCAACGUUUCGAGCUUCCUGGACACGCUUCCUCUUGAGGAAGGCACGCGGGGCGACUGACUGCCCCCCCCCAUUUCUGGUACUUUAUGACCUAUUGUUUUCCAGCAGAACCUUCUAACUUUCUAGUUUGGCAUUCAAGGUGAAUUCAUGGAGUUCCGAACAAGAAAGCUUCAGUGUGAUUGUGAGCGGCCUCCAUACGAAUUUGAAUAUGCUAGCAGUCGCCGUGAAUUAGUAACGGUUAACACAUUCUGUAAUAUUUGCAGGAGAAGGUGUAAUAGCAGUUGCCACCCACUGUGAGACAGUAUUUGUUAGGGUAUUUGCUGCAAUCACAAUAAAAGCGUAGCAUAUAUAGUCAGCAUAAUGUGGUGUCACCUGAACCCAUAGCUGCGGUAAAUACACGUGUUAACAAAUUCUGGUGCUCUUGUUGAGCUUGUUUGUGCCUUGUUUUUCCAAGCAUGACGCUUCAUGUGCUAAGGUUACUUGCAUGGCCAAACUCAUUCACGAUGUAGACGCUCUUAUAUACCACGUCAACCACAUCAUAUGUCGCUUGACACUUGAUAGGUUCUGAGAGUUUAUUAUGAAUAAGUUUUUUUAGGGUUCCGAACAGUCCAUAACGUUGGAAUCAAAAUAAUGUCACCCGUCUUCACUGAUCUCUGAAUAAAACCUCUGUCUCUG